UUGUGCCUCGUUGGUCAUAUAAACAUGGCGUCCCCCAUGUUGACAACAUUGUGACUACCAACGAACGACGCAGCUUAUUAGUCUGUUGUCAUAUGUGGUUCUAAAUACACAAUAACGUGUCAUGGCGCUCAGACUGUGCUGGCGUUUAUGCAGGGAUGCGGUUGUCCUCCCCAGACGGCUCGUCGCGUCUGCUCGCCAGGAACCUGAACCUGCGUCACGGCUUCUCAAGAAAGGAAACUGUGGAAGAGGCGACUCCUUUCUCUUCACUCCAGCCUGUUUUAUUACAUCAGAGGCCUUUCUAAACACGCUGCUGAAAGGCAGCCCCGCAGAGGCAGAUGACGGCUCUUAUCGCCUCCCCGCCUGCGUUCCUCCAGACAACGGUGAACACAUGUCGCUGCUGCUGAGAUGUCCCAAUCAGCCCAAAAAUGCCAAGAUUUUGAAAGUGGCCAUAAUUGGUGCCCCCAAUGCCGGGAAAUCCACGUUGUCCAACCAGCUUCUUGGCAGAAAGGUGUUUGCCGUGUCCAAGAAAGUGCAUACAACCAGGAAACGGUCCCUGGGGGUCCUAACAGAACAAGACACCCAGAUAGUUUUACUGGACACUCCAGGCCUCACCACUCAAUCAAAAGUCAAAAGACACCAGCUGGAGAAAUCUUUGCUUCUGGAUCCUUGGAGCACGGUGACAGAGGCCGACUUAAUGGUGGUCAUGGUGGAUGUGUCAGACAGAUGGAUGUGCAAAAGGCUGGACUUUGAGGUGCUGAAAUGCCUGGCAAGACACCCGGACAUCCCAGCAGUGCUCGUCCUCAAUAAGGUGGACAAGGUGAAGGCGAAAGACAGGCUGCUGGACAUCACAGGAGAGCUGACAUGCGGAGUCGUGAACGGCCGCCGACUGCAUGUCAGACGCUCGAUCAAGCCCCCGUGGGCUGAGAAGAGUCCCGAGCGGGAUUCUGAAGAGUUCCAGGACGAGGACGCCGCCGUGUUUGAGGACGGUGCCGAUGGAGACAGGACUGCGUUGGACAAAGAGCACCUGAAGGCACUGAGCACCCAGAAGGGCUGGGCCGGCUUUAAGGAUGUCUUCAUGCUCUCAUCCGUGGACAGAGAGGAUGUGGAGACGCUGAAGAGUUACUUAAUACUUGCAGCCAAAAGUGGGUCGUGGCAGUACCACAGCGAGGUCCUGACUGACCAGAGUCCAGAGGAACUGUGCACCAACAUCAUCAGGGAGAAGCUUCUAGAGCACCUUCCGCAGGAGGUGCCGUAUGCCAUUACACAGUCUGUUGAGCUUUGGCAAGAGGAUGAAAACGGACAGCUGAACAUUUUGGUGAAAAUUCACACCAAGAAGGAAACUCAUUUGCGGAUGGUGAUCGGCACUGCGGGCCAGAUGGUCGCACGUAUCGCCCAGGAGACGAGCGAGCAGCUCACGCACAUCUUCCUCAAGGAGGUCAAGCUCAGGCUCUCAGUGAAGAUGACGAAGGGAUGACGAGAAGAAAUGAUGGGAGUAGCUUCCUGCCUGCGGGACCCGGACUCGGGAGGGACACGGAUGCAUAAAGAGGUGCUUCAUAGAUGCGUUUAUGUAACCAAUAAAUCUAAUUUGCCCCCUCAAAUGAGAUCCAAUACAACACCCAAAGGGAUAAUAACGCUCACUUUUGGUGGUGUAAUGUUUUUAUAGCUGUGCCCACCAUGCCAUUUAAAUAAAGCCAUUAAAGUAUGAUGUCGUGCACUUGGAAGACAUUUAUUUAUCUUAUUUAAAUAAAUAAGAUAAAUAAAAUAAGAUACAUUUAUCUUAUUUAAAUAAAUAAGAUAAAUACAAUAAGAUAAAUAAAUGUCUUCCCAGCUGAAUGAAUGAGACCUAAUAGAUGUACCUAAUAUUGUGGCCACUUUGCCGGUAUUGGACAGGAAUGACUGCUUGCAUCCAGCAAAAAAAACAAAUAAAGACCAUUUUUUUAAUGUA